ACCAUAUCCUAUCAACUUGAUUAACUAACUCUAAGCCGUUGUUAUGCUCCAUACAACAUACAACAACGUACACACAUAUCAUGGAUUGGUUCCUACAACGAGUCCGUCUUUGUCCUUGAUAUCAAGCGAAGAGACUCCGAGACAAUAAAAAAGGAGAAAGUGGUAUUUCCGGAGCACAAUGGAGUCACCGCCGGAUAGUCCCGUUGCGCAGAGCGUCCAGACGUCGCCCGAACGGGCCUACUUCCCCGCGGGGCCCAAGUCCCUCGAGGGCAUUGCGAUUCGGUCCUUUUGCCUCGGCAUAGCGCUCGCCUUGUCCGCAGUCGCUAUGAUUUCGAUCUUGGUCUUUACGUCCUCGCCGCUGUGGCGCGUACCUUUCUUUAUCGGCGCGCUGGCGACGUUCCAUUUCCUCGAGUUUUGGACUACUGCCAGGUACAAUACCCCGGUCGCGAAUAUCGGCUCGUUCUUGUUAACGGCGAAUUGGCCGGCUUAUGCUAUUGCGCAUACGGCGGCGUCGCUUGAAUGUCUCUUUACCAAGCUACUGUUCCCGAAUCGACAUUGGGCACCGCUCUAUAGUGGGCAUAUCAUCUUGUUGUUAGGGUUCAUAUUGGUGUUUGUAGGGCAGUUCGUCCGCAGCGCGGCGAUGGGUCAGGCUGGACAGUCGUUCAAUCACACUAUUCAGCAGCGUAAAAAGGACUCUCAUACCCUAGUUACCUCGGGUAUUUACUCGUUUCUGCGCCAUCCGGCGUACUUUGGCUUCUUCUACUGGAGCAUAGGGACGCAAAUGGUUCUGGGAAACCCCAUUUGCUUUAUAGGCUACACAGUUGUCCUAUGGAAGUUCUUUUCUGGCAGAGUAAAGCAUGAAGAGGCACUGCUCGUCCGGUUUUUCGGGGAGGAAUAUAUAAAUUAUAAGAGCAGAGUUGGAACCAUGAUACCAUUUGUCGGGACCUGAGUGGUCUACCAUGGGGAUGGUGUUCGGGCUGGUACCUAUAGGGAGAUGUAGAGAAGUAUAAUUCAUGAGCACACAAAGGCUCUUUUCUAGGACAACUCUAGAACAGGUUUCGUGGAAUAAUUUGUAGACAAAGAAAACCAAAAACACCUACUUAAAGUACACAGAAUGAGAUAUGACAACCUUAUUGCGAUAUAUGCUCUAUCUCAAUGGUUAAUGCAGUUGAGUAACUCGGAUAUUGAAAUCUGGUGGUUUUAGUCAGGU